GUGUUUUGACGUAGAAAAUAGGCAUUGGGUAUUUGCAUGUUUUAUGUUUUUACUAGAUUUCUCAUAUUUGUUUAAUUUCAAAUUAGUUUUAUUUAUAAUUCACAAAUAUGGCUUGGGGAUUCGUCACUUGUGGCCCUAAUGAAGCACUCGUUGUAUCAGGAUGUUGCUAUUCGAAACCUCUUCUGGUGCCGGGAGGGCGUGCUUUUGUAUGGCCAGCAAUACAAAACGUGCAAAGAAUAUCCCUCAACACUAUGACUCUCCAAGUGGAGUCGCCGACUGUCUACACAAGUCAAGGUGUUCCGAUAUCUGUCACAGGCAUCGCUCAGGUGAAAAUUCAAGGACAAAAUGCCGAGAUGCUGCUCUCCGCGUGUGAGCAGUUUCUAGGUAAAUCAGAACAGGAGAUUCAACAUAUAGCCCUAGUGACCCUCGAAGGUCAUCAGCGUGCUAUAAUGGGAUCUAUGACUGUCGAAGAAAUAUAUAAAGAUAGAAAAAUUUUCUCCAAAAAGGUUUUCGAAGUUGCCUCCAGUGACCUCAUAAAUAUGGGAAUUACAGUCGUCUCUUAUACGCUGAAAGAUAUUCGCGACGAAGAGGGAUACCUAAAAGCACUUGGCAUGGCGCGUACAGCUGAAGUGAAGAGAGACGCACGCAUCGGCGAGGCGGAGGCUCAAGCUGAGGCGAAGAUCAAAGAGGCGAUGGCGGAGGAACAACGCAUGGCGGCUCGAUUCCUCAACGACACCGAAAUAGCGAAGGCCCAAAGGGACUUUGAACUCAAGAAAUCCGCUUACGACGUGGAAGUACAAACGAAGAAGGCCGAAGCCGAGAUGGCCUACGAGUUGCAAGCAGCGAAAACGAAGCAACGCAUAAAGGAAGAGCAGAUGCAAAUAGCAGUGGUGGAACGCACUCAGGAGAUCGCCGUGCAGAAGUGGGAGGUGCAGCGACGCGAAAAGGAAUUAGAUUCCACCGUGCGCAGACCAGCUGAAGCCGAAAAGUUCAAAUUAGAGAAGUUAGCAGAGGCUCACAGAUUGAAGACGGUUUUGGAAGCAGAGGCGGAGGCUGAGGCUGUGAAAGUACGAGGAGAGGCGGAAGCGUUUGCCAUAAAAGCAAAGGCGGCAGCGGAUGCUGAGCAGAUGUCCAAGAAGGCGGAGGCGUGGAAGGAGUACGGUUCUGCUGCGAUGGUUGAUAUGAUGCUCGAUACACUGCCCAAGGUUGCUGCGGAGGUGGCAGCGCCACUGUCGCAGGCUCGUAAGGUGACGAUGGUGUCAUGUGGCGGCGGUGAGGUGGGCGCCGCCAAACUAACGGGCGAAGUUCUCAGCAUCGUACAGUGUAUUCCCGACCUCGUCAAGGGGGUCACUGGUGUUGACAUUUCCAAGCAAGCCCGCGCUCUUUAAGCUACAACCGAUGUAGAAGUAACAGAAUUUCUUGAAGUCCGUUACUUGCAUAUUAUAUUUAAUGAUGUAAUUAAGAUUUUACAUUAUUUUCAUAAUUGUGAAACAGAUACAUUCUUAAUUCAUUCUACCUAAGUGCCACUUUUGGAAA